GUGUCAGUCUUCAGUAGAAAUACGAAGAACACACAGCAUCAUCAUCACAUCGAACGUGUUUAAUAUUUCAAUUUCCUUGUUGCUGCCAUCGUUUUGUUGCCAUUCCUUUCCAGAAUAACCUCAAAUCGAACGAACUAAUUUGGCAGUCUCCAGCAAAUGUGGAAGUCGCAGAAAGCUCAAAUGAAUUCCGAAGACGGAUUCUCCGAUGAGGAUCAUGGGGACUCGCAUCGCUCCUUUACCAGCCACAGUCCUUCCUGUCUCAGUUGCAGCAACUGGGACAGUGACGAGGACACGUGCACGGAAAUCGCAUUGCCGGAGGGACCGAACCACAAUGUAGCCCCAGAUGACUUCGUCUACAAGGUCCUCUCCGUGGAUGAGAUAGUUCAACAUCAGCGGAACAUCAUUGAUGAGGUGAACAAUGUUCUAAACCUGUCGCCGCAGGUCACCCGGACGAUAUUGAAUCACUUCAAGUGGGACAAGGAGCGUCUCUUCGAGAACUACUUCGAGAGCAGUCCGCAGGAGUUCUUCCAGCGUGCCCAUGUCCUGAAUCCCUUCGAGCAGGUGAAUGCUAUUCCUCCGGAAGCCGUCAGUUCACCCUCUCCGCCCAUUAGGAAGCAAUGCGGCAUAUGCUUCUGUGCCUGCGAUGAGCUCAAGGGUUUGGGAUGUGGCCAUAACUACUGCGCCGCCUGCUGGAAGCUGUACUUGGCCAACAAGACCUGUAGCGAGGGUCUGACUCACACAAUCACAUGUCCGGCCGCCAACUGUGACAUCCUUGUCGACUAUGCUUCCUUCCUGAUGCUCGCCGAUGACCCAGAGGUUGUGGAGCGUUACAAACAGCUGAUUACCAACACCUUCGUGGAGUGCAACACGCUAAUGCGCUGGUGUCCAGCUCCCAAUUGCACCCAUGCCAUCGAGGCCAAUUACAUGGAGCCCAAGGCCGUGGAGUGCAAGUGUGGCCAUCAGUUUUGCUUUGGCUGUGGUGAAAACUGGCACGAGCCCGCCAGCUGUGGUUACCUCAAGGAGUGGCUGAAGAAGUGCCUCGAGGACUCGGAGACCUCCAAUUGGAUUGCCCAGAAUACGAAGGAGUGCCCCAAGUGCCAGGUGACCAUUGAGAAGGACGGUGGCUGCAAUCACAUGGUUUGCAAGAAUCCCUCCUGCCGCUACGACUUCUGCUGGGUCUGCCUGGGCUCCUGGGAGCCGCACGGUUCGUCCUGGUACAGCUGCAACCGCUACGACGAGGAGGAGUCCAAGCAGGCGCGCCUGGCCCAGCAGAGAUUCCGCUCCUCGAUGGCCCGCUACCUGCACUAUUACAAUCGUUACAUGAACCACAUGCAGAGCAUGCGUAUGGAGCACAAGCUGUACGCCAAUGUUCAGGCCAAAAUGGAUGACAUGCAGGCGGAGAUUAGCUGGAUCGAGGUCCAGUUCCUGCGUGAUGCCGUCGAUGCCCUGUGCGAGUGUCGCUCCACCUUGAUGUACAGCUACGUCUUUGCCUUCUAUCUGAAGAACAACAAUCAGAAGGUGAUUUUCGAAUACAACCAAAGGGACUUGGAGAUGGCCACAGAGAAGAUAUCGGAGUGCUUGGAGCGGGAGAUCACGGCGAAGAAUCUGUAUGACAUUAAGCAGAAGGUUUUAGAUCUCUCGCAUUACUGCCAGAAGCGUCGCGAUGUCCUGCUCAGCCAUGUGCGCGAGGGCAACGAGAAGGACUGGUGGGAGUACAUCGAGGAGGCAGCCAUGCAGUCCCAUUGAUUCCAUCAAAUACAUACACUGCAGUACACACAACCCACACCAGAACAUUUCACUGAAGACUUGCAACUUUCUUUCGGAUCCCCAAAUUACACAGUUAAACACAACAAUAAAAAUAAACAAUAAUCCACAUUUAUAA